AGUACAUCACUAAGGGAAUCCAUUUUCUGCGUUGUUGUGACAUUUUGAUUUUUAGUCUUCGAGUAACUUUAUUUUAUUGUGUACAAAUUAUGCUAUCCAGUUUUCAGCAAUAUAAUUCAAGUAAUGUCCAGUAAAUUGUUUCUUCAAUAUUGAAACAACAUUUAAGUUUUCGAUGUGAUAAAAUACACAAUGGGUUGAAUUAGUGAUUGCUAUCGGCAUACAUUCAUUUUCAUUUCAUGAUUUUCCGUUUUCUGCACACAAAGUUAACAAUGGAACUGGAUGUAUCGCCAGUAAACGUAAUAGAAAGCAAUAUGGACUGCUCAGAUAACUCGUCAGAUAACAAAUACAUAACAUGUAAUAACAACGAGCAAUCGUACUCCGUCAUACGCAUUCCAGAAGACGAAGGAAAGUCGAGCAAACAUUCAAAAAAACAAUCAAAAAGAAGAAAAAAAAGUUCGAGUCACUCAAGACCUUUACCAAGAAUUAUUGUGAAACCCUUACCGCCUCCUCCACCUCCAGAAAACAGAGAAUGGACAGCGGCAACAUCGUGUGUGGAAUCAUCUAGCAGUAGACCAUCUACUAUGCGAGAAGUACUAGCAAGUAUUCCUGGGUUCUGCAUGAAACCUAGAAAACGUAGUGGUAAAAAACUAUCAACAGCAGCUCAAUUACAACAAACUAGAGAAGGGUGCAUUGACUUAGAAACACCAGAUUCAAUAUUAGUAAAUACAAAUAUUAGGGCAUUACUUAAUAAACAUACAUUUUCACUUCUUCCACCACUUUAUCAAUUUAAGUUGGGACAAUUAUUACCAAGUGUUGAUAGGUUAAGUCCAUCAGGAAGAUUGAAUUCAUCUAGUCUCAAUAAUGAAUUCUUUGCUAGAGCAUGUCUAGAAUGGCAAGACUGUCUCUCUGGUGGAGAAUUUACACCAGAAAAUCAACAAAAAAUGAAGACUGAAGCUGAAAGAGAAAAAAGUAAAAUUGACCCAUGGAAAUUAAAGCAUUUUGAACCAAUUUGGGGGGAGAAGUCACGUAAAGAAAAAUCUGCAAUAAAUUUAAAUUCAGAAAGACCAUCUUUAAAAACUACAAUAAAAUUAAGGCCUACAGCAUCUAUAACAAGUAGUAGUACUGUUCCUAAAAUUAAAAAGAACAAAUCUUCAAGUAACAGUAAGAGAAUGAGAUCGGUUGGUGCUGUGACAAGAUCUUCAGCGAAAGUAGAUGAUAUUGUUGAUGAGUCUGUUACAGUCAGUAUGAAACCCUCUGUACCACUUCCAGACUUACUUCCUCUAAAAAUUGUAAAGAAUCACAAUCAGGGCUAUGUAGACUGUCAGGGAGAUUUUAGUUUUUCAGACUCUUCAUCAGUACAAAGACAGGAUGAUUCUGUGUCAACAACACCUGUAGAUCCUCUUUUAUUAGCCGAUGGAGAUUCUGAACGAAAUGAUGUAAAGCAGGAAUUAGAUAUCACUGUGGUAACUAUAGAAGAAUCUAGCACUUCAAAAGACUGUGAAGAAUAUAAAACAAUGGAUUUGGAAUGUAAUUUUCCUGAAACAUCUAAAAGGUUAAGUGAUGAUAAUGAAGAUUAUAUAUCUUGUCCAAAAAGAAUAAAAUAUGAGGAUCAUUUUGAAUUGGAUGAUGUAGCCUUUGUACCACAUUCUCAUAUAGAGGAAACACAUAGAUCAGAUAGCAACAAUUGUUCUGAUACUGAAACAAAUUAUGCUAAUGAUAAUUGUUCAAAUGAGGAGCUUCACCUGUAUCCUGCCCAAGAUGGUGGAGACACAAAUAGUGAAGAUAGUAAAGCUACAGCUACAUUUGAGUAUGAUGAAAGAAGUGUAUCUUCAAUAUCAAGCUUAAAAAUUGAAACAAAUGCCAAUAAUAUUGUUGUAAAUGAAUCAAUUACAAAUGCAAGUAUAACUGUUUGUGAAGGUCCUCAAAGUGAAAAUGAAUACAAUUCUGAAUUACAUGGUGAAAUAAAAUUGUCUUCCUCAAAUGUGAAUAAUAAAGACAAUAAUACAGAACCAUCUUCAGAAAACGAUAAUGUACUAAAUGAAAAGCCACCGACAAGUGAUAGUGAUCAUAAAACACAAGCACUUUCUUGUGAAACAAUAGAAGUUAUACAGGAAGUGGAGUGUCAGUCUUCUCAAUCCUUAGAGCAAUUAGAAAUUAAAAAUGAUAAUAGUCCUGAAAAAUGUGUUGAAAAAGAGAGACCAGUAGACAACAUAAUACAAAACUAUUAUGAUGAACAUUUCAAAGAUGCAGAGUCUUUUAUAUUAGAAACAGGUGGCCUUUCAAUACUCACACCACAGGGUGAAGAUGUGAAAUAUACACCACAUCCAAAUUUAAUGGAAUUGUCAUCAUAUAUGAGUGAAACAAAUGUAACAGCUGUUGUGACAAUGCCUAUGACACAAAACUCAUCAAUACCCAUGAUGGAGGUUACUAAUACUUCGAUAGUUUCAUACCCUGAUGAUAAUAUGCAGGACCCAGCCAAACCAAAAAACUCUGCUGUGUUAUGGAAAAGUGACAGUGAUUGGACAAACAAUGAAAAUGUUAUGACACUGCAUCCAUUCUCCAAUGUGAACACAGAUAGUGCAAAAUAUGUAAGUGAUGAUUCUAAAAUGAGCAUGGAUGAUGUAAAUGUUAAUGAUGAAAAUUGCAUGUAUAAAGAGGAUAGGGAUGCCAACUUCAAUAUGGAAUCGUCCAACUCAUCUGAGAGUUGUCAGUCAAUGAAGGAGACCAGUUUAAAGCAAGAGUUAGAGACUGUGCCCACCUUAGUAUCCAGCACUACAGCCACACACCCGCCCGUUAUCUCUACAACUAUGACUCAAAGUAUACGGCCUACAGGCAAAAAAUCGAAGUCUGGAAAGGAAUCUAACAGGAGUCGAAGUUCGAAUAAGGUGCCACCCGGAGCAGUAAACCUGGAGCGUAGCUACCAGAUAUGCCAAGCUGUCAUCCAAAACAGUCCGAACCGUGACGCGCUACGAGGCCAGCUGCGGCCGCCGCCGGCGCUGCUGUCGCGGCCGCCGCGACCGACACGGGCGCCGCAGCCGCCACCGCCGCAUCCACCGCCGCCCGCGCCGCCCGCGCCCCCUCCCGUGCUCGUCAGACAGCUGCCCGUUUCUGUUAUGUCCCAUAAUGAAAUAAAUGAAAAUAGGUCUAACAACGUCGGGCAGUACAUUCUUGUUCAAAGAACACCCAAUGUCGCGCCACGGGCGUCAAGUGCUCCACCUUCGAAUCAAAAUUCCAAUGUUAGUGUAGCAAGAUGUCGAAGCGUUGGCGCUGACGAUGCGUGCGUGUGUAACUUGCGCGCUAUGAUCCUGUGCAAAAAAUGCGGUGCCUUCUGUCACGAUGACUGUAUUGGCUCAGCGGAGCUCUGUCUCACCUGCCUCAUACGCUGACCCCGCCGUCGCGGGCCUACUGCUCCUGCUGACUGUGCUCUGCCCCGCCAAAUCGCUUCCAACCGCCAGACACUUCAAUUGACUUCAUUUAAAUACGUAGCUUGUUUUACAAAAAAAUAUAGUCACAUAAUUAAUAUAUCUCUAAUUUUAACUUCUAGAAGUCGAUUAUAUAUAUAUAUAUACUAUGAGUGGUUGUUCAGCAUAUUGCUGAUUAUCUAGCAGCUUCUCUUACGUACAAAUAUCAAAGCUAAUACAUUUAAGAAGUUAUUUAAAUUUUUUUUUUCUUUUUUUAAUGGCAGUUUAUGUAAUAAAAGUAAAUAGUUGUUAUUUUUUAUAAUAAAGGACACUGCCGACGGGUUGGGAUGGUACUAUAACGCCAGCGUUUACUCUCAGAGUGAAUAUUGCACACAGUAUUGUGACGCCACUACCUUCAUGUUCUAUGAAUUUUUAAGUUAUCUCUCGUAUAAGUAGUUUAGUGCAUGUUAUCUGCUGAUGGCGUCAUGUUGCCAUCCCGACACGUUGCCUCUACCGAAGCCUUGAUAAGAAUGGUGUUUGUAACUAUGAUUUGAAUAUUUUCGCAAGGCAAUACGGUUGUAUGGUGGUUAGUUUCAUAGCCAUUUCAUAUUAAAAAUGAUUGACUGUAGAGAACAGUGGUUAGGAAUGGUGGUGCUAUAACUAACUGUGAAUGACAUGUGUCGUAAUGUAAUGUAAAUUGGACUCUUUUUUCCGCACUAAGCCUCUCAUUUGGGCCGUUGUACGUAUCGAAAUGUGUCGUUUGAAACAUGCAUUUUUAUGCGCUUGACGUAUUCACCAAAUUUUCGGACAGUUCGUGCUUUACCACUCGAUAAUUAAGGCUAUUUCCGACUUUAAGCCGGAAAUUUUGUGUAAUGUUUACUAUAAACUAUAAUAUAUUUUGUAUAUAUUAGUUAUUUCGUCAUAAGGUAUUAAAGUGUGACAUUUAUUCACAUCAAAGUUCUUUUGUUAACUUAAAAUUAUGAUUAAGUUAUAUAAUAUACAACAAUAUGACAUGGAUUAAAUUAUAAUCGUAAGUGUGAGCAUUUUUUUUAAUUUAGUUAAACAUCAAGUUUCAUAGCACAAGUAUAAAUAAUAAUAUGGUUUUACUCGUAUGACUAUGAUCUUAUCAGCAUUAACUGUAUGAGAUCUUAAUUUAAAUGUAACAUGAAAGUGUGAAACUUACUAAAACUUGUUAACAUUUAUUUAAAAUUAGAACAUGUAGUUUUUUUUUUUUUUUUGUUAAGAGUAUAUGAAAAUGUAGCAAUUAAGCGAUAGACAUCAUAUUUGCCAUUAUAUUUUUAACGAUAAACUAUCAUCACAUUUAGUUUUAUGCAAUUGUUAUUAUUAUAUUACUUACAUGUUUUAGUAACUAUAGAAGAGUUGAUGACAUUUAUUAUGAAAUAAUUAAAAAAUGACAAUCCAACCCACAAAUGUUCAACAGCACGCCAGGGUGUAAUUACAGGGCCCCUAGCUAGGUCGUGCACCUAAUAACAUUGUAGUUAACUCAUUUUAUUUUAAAUAAAUCUAUAUUUAAGGGAAACAUGCCAUUUUUUGUUAUAUUACUGAUUGAGAAUAAGAAAUUAAAAUUGCUCAUAGAACACUGUAGAUAUCUGAGUAAUAUGUCCAUGCACCAAUUAUUUUCCAUUUAUUUAUGUUACAAGUAAGGAUAUAUAUGUACAGAUAUUUAUUGACACGAGAAGGCUGAAGAAUGCAACAUCAGGUGGGACUGUAAUUAGUAGUAACUCAGGAUUCUUAAUAAGUAUAUGGUAUUGAGAGUCACUUGUUAUACUUAAGUUUUUCAUUAUGAUGUGUACACUAAUAUGACAUUAAGUCAUGCAAUAUAUUUAUAGUUGUCUAUAAUAUUUUUGUAAGGACCUUUUACAAAUUGAAGAAUAGCUUUUGCUAAUUUAAGACCCCCUUCUAUAAUAUUGGAAUUCAAAUUUACUAUAUAAUCUCUUUCUGAUCUCUUGUUUUACAUAAACCUCUAAUGCGCAUAAAAUCCUUCUAGGUCAUAUUGAGUGUAGUAUAUGUAUGUUAUGAUAAUAACAAUAUUAUGACGGAAAUAACUGAUUAUCAAAAAAUAACAGACUACUGUAUUAGAUGUGUAAUAAUAACGCUGUAACGGCUAUGCCUAGUUCGUUUACAUAGCAAUGCCUUACGUGAUUAUUUACAGACGCUAUUAUAACAAUUAAAAAUAGAAUAGAUUAUAUAAAAUAAUAAACGUAUUGCUCAGUCUGUUUGAAUAACAAAUAUAUACAUCUAUAGGUAUAAAAUAAGAAUAAAAUAUAACAUUAUAUACAUGUUAAAAGUGUUACAUUAAUAGAUUCUCAUGGAGUAGCUAGUUUAAAUGAUGCAAUAUCUUUGGCUGAAAUAUGUUCUAUAUUUUGCAUCCGACUCUAAGAGUAAAUACUAGAAUGAUUUAGUGACACGGAAGGUAUUUUUAAUAUCUUUUCCUAUAGAAAACCUAGUAUUAGAUAUAUUCUGAUACAUACUGAUAUGCAAUAAUGAAAGUACUUUUAGUGAAUGUUAAAUACCUACCAACUUAUUGUAAUGUUGUUUAAUGGAAAUAUAAAAUGGAACCUACGUAUUUACCAACGACUCGUAUAGACUGCUCUUUAUAUCUUUAAUGUAAUUGAUGGGAGAUGUUACAAACAUACAAGUUUAAUAAUUUCAACCUGUUCGCAUAUUUGUUAUUUAUUGGUAAUUAGUUAUUUUAGGCACGUGAACAUUUUUCUCUAAUAAAAUUAUGUUCUAAUAA